AUGACAUUUGUAAUUUUCGCUGGGCGGACACUGCGCCGCCUUCACCAGACCGUCCAGCGAAACAUAUCCCGACGCCAUGAAUCCACCUCCUCUUCCUCCAAGUCCUCUGGGAAGCAGCAGCAGCAGCAGAGCAAGCCAUCGGGCUCCAGCGAACCCAAACCUUUCUCAGGGACCUACUCCGCCUGGAUGGACCCGAUCAAAAUCCCCUUUCGCGCCUACUCCAACAUGCAGAGUCGCUCGCCCUACCUCACGCAAUUUGAAACCUCGCUGGUUAUCUACUUCCUCGGCGACCUCUCCGCUCAAACCGUGCAAACCUCCCUCUUCUCCACGGGACAAUACGAACCGAUUCGUGGAAUCCGCGCCAUGAUCAUCGGAGGCAUUAGCAGUAUUCCUUCAUACACCUGGUUUUUAUGGCUGGGGAGACAUUUCAAUUACCCCUCGCAUUUGAAGAGUUUGGGAGUGAAGAUUUUUGUGAAUCAAAUGUGUUUUACACCCGUGUUUAAUACGUAUUUCUUUGGGAUGCAGACACUGCUGGCUGGAGGGUCGGUUCGGGAGGCUUGGGAGAGGUGUAAGAGGACGGUUCCGAGGAGUUUUGUGAAUAGUUGGAAGGUUUGGCCUGUGAUUACGGCGUUUUCUUUCACGUUUAUUGCGCCGCAUAGUCGAAGUGCCUUCGCGGGAAUGUUCGCAGUUAUCUGGCAGACGUAUUUGUCGUGGUUGAAUCGGGCUGCUGAAGAGGCUGCGGAGAGGGAGAAGGGAUUCAAGGGUGUGCAGGCGGAUUCGAGAUUCGAGAGGGAGGCGAAGGAGGUAGUAAAGAUGGAGGCUAAGAAGGUUGCAAAGGUGGUCAAGGGAAAGCAAUAG